GGGAAUUGGAUCCACCUACAAAAAAAUGAGUAACACAGGACUGCAUAAAAGAUAUGACAGAACCCACAAUAGACCACCAACAAAUUCAAUCUAUGUCACUAAUUUACCAAAUGACUAUGAAAAGCAUGAUGUCGAGUUGAUUUUCAUGGCUUAUGGGAUCCAUUUCAACUUGGAUCAAGUAGUAGAACAGAAAACACAAAAGUUCAAAAGCUUCACUAUAAACCUGCAAUCAAUUGGAGAAGCAGUAGAUGCUCUUGUGACAAUGCAUAACGUUGAGACUGACGAUUGGCAAAAGAUGUAUGUAUGUUUUGAUAAACCACAAUUACCUUGAAAGACCAUCAUUUGUUAACAGAACUGCAGUAUAAUUUAAUUAAUUAUUUUUCAAAGACCAUUGGCAAACAAUCAAU